AUGGUGGUUUCUAAGGAUUCCAUUCUCAUAGCUAUACUCCUCAUCUCAUUUGCUCCAGGAGCAUCUUGCUUUUUGGAAGGAAGAUACUCGUCGAAUUGCACGUUCUGGGAGUAUAUCCGAGACGAUUACCGUUGUAUCUUUGAGUACCUGGCCUAUGCCAGGGAUGUCACCGCAAUUGAGACCUUCGGAUCACAGAACCUCAAAUCUCUUGAAAGAUCGUGCUCAGCAGUUGAAUCCUGCUUCCUGGAUAAAAAGUGCCACGACAUCAAAUCUCUGAGAAAAAUCAAAGCGGUUUGCAAACAAGUACUGUACUUCAACUCUCCAACGUUUGUGGAAUGUGAGAGAAAUGUGGCGAUGUUCAACGCUACUUGUGCUCAAGGAACUGGAUGCGAGUACUUUGGUGUUGAUAAUUGUGCAGUCCCUAUAAUAAAAAUUGUGUGCGGACAAGAGAAGUGGGCUGAGUAUAGAGAUGCUAUCAUAACGGCGUAUAGAGGCACCGAAAACAACACUGAUUGCGAUUGGGAGAUGAUGAAGACAUUCUAA